GGGAGAGGCGCAAGGAGCAGCGCGCACGUCGCACUAUCAACUGGAUUCCAUCUGAGAAAACAACUCCGGGGAAGUCUUGCGCGAGAGACACUGAAGUGCAAGUUGAUCCCCACUCCGAGUGCGCACGGGGCGGACGCAGCCAGCCGUCAUGGCCCGCGACGAAGCAGGCGGCGGAGACUUCCACCGGCGGGUCCUCGCGGUUCUGCUUGAGUGGACGGGGAGCAGCGGGAGCUGCGAUCGUCGCCCUGCGUUCUGCCGCCCUCGCUCUGUGGCGCCGGCCCCGUUGAGUUAAAGCGGCCAAAAACAAAAGUAAGCGUUUUGAGGCGGUGGCGUCAAAUAUGCUGCGAGGACGCUCGAUCGGAACCUCCCAGACGGACCUAUGCGCAUGAGCAUCCAGCAGCGCCGCAUGCGAGAAGGCAGAAAAGUUCAACGCGGUAGCGGCUCGGGGGACGGAUAAAGACUCGCCAAAGGUCUCUGAUUCCAAAUGUUACCCUGUUUGGACUCUGCCCCGGUCGGGGAACAGCAGCAGUGUGUGACGGACAGGCGAAAGGAGCCCGCAGAGGCUCGCAGCCGCGCGGCUUCAAACCGGCCCAGGAUGAGCUCGGCACGGCGCGACCGCUGACGAGCCCCGCUAUGGUCUGACGUCUCAGCAUGGAUGGAGUCAGUCCAAGGACCGGCCGCCACCAAUGAGACCGUUGCUCUUCAAUCGAGGACCAGCAUUGACGGGACUACUCCCACAUGUUCUUGAUCGUUUCCCAGCAGCGACCGACGUGAUGACCAGAUUCCCCGUGGUGGACUUUUUUUAAAAUGUCGUACUUGCUGGAUUAUUCCACAAUUUACAUGUAGUUUUUUCUUUGUUUUACUCCCUUCGGUUUCUUUUUAUUUUUGUGGUUAUUUUCUUCACUUCCUUCUUUUUAAUUUUCAACGAUGGAGUUUCCGACUGGACCCUGGAAUAAGGAUUGGACUUCAUUCUUCCAAUGUUGGUUGACUGUCAUCCUAAGCCUUCAGAUGCAAUUCAGCCCAGGUGCCUCUUGCCCGGAAGAGUGUCGUUGUGACAAAUUAUUUGUGUAUUGCAACGAACGCAGCCUGACAUCCGUACCGCUGGGGAUACAGGAAGGCUACAACGUCCUUUACCUGCAUAACAACCAGAUCAACAACGCCGGCUUUCCCGUGGAACUUCACAAUCUGGCCUCUGUGGAGACGGUGUAUCUCUAUGGCAACCAGCUGGAUGAGUUUCCCAUCAAUUUGCCCAAAAACACCCGCGUACUGCAUCUACAGGAGAACAAUAUUCAAACGAUCUCCAGGGCGGCCCUGGCGCAGUUGACUCGACUGGAGGAGUUGCACCUGGAUGACAACUCCAUCUCCACCGUGGGGGUGGAAGAAGGGGCCUUUCGGGAGGCCGUCAGCCUCAAACUCCUCUUCCUCACCAAGAACCACUUGAGCAGCGUUCCCAUCGGCCUCCCCGAGGACUUGAAAGAGCUGCGAUUGGAUGAGAAUCGAAUCGCUAACAUUGCCGAGGAGGCCUUCCAGAACGUGACGCGUCUGCAGCGCCUCCUGCUGGACGGGAACCUGCUGACGGAUGAGGGCAUCGCGCCGGGGACCUUCCAGGAACUGGCCAGCCUCCGAGAACUGGCGCUGGCCCGCAACUCGCUCACCUUCCCCCCUCCGCUUUUACCGAGCCAGUCGCUGGCCAAACUCAGCCUGCAGGAAAACCAGAUCGACCAGAUCCCGGUCGCUGCUUUUGCGGACUUAAAUAGGCUGGAGAAGUUGGAUAUUUCCAGCAACCAGCUUCAGACUCUCACGCAGGGUGUAUUUGACAGCCUGUCAAGCUUAAGGCAUCUCAUUGUGCGAAAUAACCCCUGGCGCUGUGACUGUGCGGUGAAGUGGGUGGUGGUGUGGCUCAAGUCGUUGCCUUCCUCCAUCAACGCCCGAGGCUUCGUGUGUCAGAGUCCCGACAGGGUGCGCGGGAUGGCCAUCCGCGAGCUCACCUUGGAUAUCAUCGAAUGUCCGGUCGACGCCGACCAGCCUCCGUGGCCGACACUUCGCUCGACACCUCCCCCUCCUCCCACCACCACCCCCCUGACCACCGUGAUCUCCACUCUUGCGACCACACCCAUCCCUGACUAUCUGGACUCGCCUUCUCCGCCCGUGCCCCCGAUCUAUCACAAUCCUCCCGGCCCCCUGCCUCCUUAUGAGGACCCCCUUCAGAUUUCCUUCCAUGUGGUUAACUCUUCGAGUAUCGAGGUGAGCUGGGCUUCCUAUUUCACCGUCACAGCUUACAAAGUCACUUGGGUUAAACGGGGCCAAAGCCAGAUGAACGAAGGGAUGCGGGAACGGACGGUGGGCGGGGGGCAGCGGCAUAUCAGCCUCACCCACCUGGAACCCCGGUCUGUGUACCGGAUCUGCGUGCACGUUUUGGACUCUCAUAACUCCUACAGGCCCGGAGAGGAUACAAUUUGCUCCGAGGCCAGGACCAAGUCUGCCUCGCCAACCAAGUCUCCCGGUUCGGGGCAAACUCCCAAGGAGAGUGUUAAUUCCACGUUGUUAAUGGCCGGCAUCAUCGGCGGAGCGGUGCUGAUCAUCUUGGUGACGCUACUCAGCCUGUUUUGUUGGCACAUGCACCGGAAGAGCCGGUCGUCUUCUACCAAGUGGAAAUACAACCGAGGCCGCAGAAAAGACGACUACUGCGAGGCCGGGACCAAGAAGGAUAAUUCCAUUCUUGAAAUGACUGAAACCAGUUUCCAGAUAGUGGCGCUGAACAACGAGCAGCUGCUCAAGGGAGAUUUCCGCAUUCAGCCCAUCUACACGCCCAACGGGGGGAUUGGAUUUAGAGACUGUCACCUCAGUAACAAUAGCUUAGCCUACUGCAAGAGCAGCAACGUACCCAGUACAGAGUUUUGCCACACGUGAUGCCGGGGCGGAUAUCGCACUGGUGCACCCACAAACUCCACAAGUGAUUGACAAUACACACAAUGCCCACAGACACCGUUUGUGUGGACAAUAGCAGAAAAAUAUCCCGCCCCCCCUCGCCCAAAAAACAAAAAAAAAAAAUUCUAGUAACAUAUAACUGUACAAUACCUGUCGAUGAUGUAAUUUAUACUGUGGAUAAUAAUGUGGAAUUCUCUGCUAUCUUUUUUAUUAAUAGAAAAAGGAGAUCCAAGUGGGCUUUUUUUUGUUUUUGUUUUUUUUUUAUAAACAGCAGGGUUUUGAAAGUUGUUUUGAUGGUCAAUACUGUACAUGAACACAGGUUUGUACAAUCACGGCACGCUGGGUGUAGCUUCUGGCAGAUGCUGUCAGCCUUGGAAAAUGUCGAGCACGACGAGGGCUGGGAUCCUUUGCUAACCACAGGAAAAGAAAAAAAAAAUGCCUUUUUGCGCUUUUGAGAUGCAAAAGCCUCCCAAGUAUAUAUCCAAAUUGUCGUGCACACAGAAAGGGCACCGAUUUGUGCGUUGGAGAAAAGAUCACAACUGGUAGCAUGUCGAAGAAACUGAAGUGCACUUUUCCUAUACAUGGAAACGAUGGUGGCACUUGCUCGUGAGGUGGUGUGGAAGAAAGUGUAAUUGGAUGAUUCCCAUGCAGAGAAAUCCCAAAAGUGCCUUUAACUCGAAAAUCGUCUGUGCUCUAUUUGUUUAUAGCCGAGCCAAGAUGAGCCUUGGUUUGAAAGACACUUUUUGGAAAACCUCUGAAAUCGGAUUUGUCAUCUUCUGCACGCAAUUAAGUGGGAGCGACUUGAUUAACAUGAACAUAAAAAGCAAGAAAGAAUGAUUGCCCUCGACGGAGUGCAUGAAUGUGCUGAGCCUCAACAGAUUGUGCCCCCACCCCCGCCACACCCACACACUGUUCACCCCCCCCCCCUGAUUUAGCAAGUGAGGCCACAAGGGGGCGUGUUUUCUCAGCAUCGUGUGGAACAGAGAGCAUGAUGCAGACAGGGAAGGGGAAACAAAGCCACAAAGAUCACUUGAGCGCCACCAACCCCUCCGACUCCAGAACCCAGAUGACAUUACUCUGCUCAAACAGCAUUGUUAUAGUGUUUAUUGCUCAUUGGGUUUCUUAAAUGAUGUGGAAUCAUUUCAAACUAAUUGUGUCUGGCGUGCUUUGUUUCGAAAGGAUAUGGAUUUUCACCAUUGUGACAUGUCAGAGUGGGCUUUUCUUUGCGAUGAGCAUUCCGAAGACGCCACAUAAUAACUCAGCCCAUUUUGUUGAAGUGUGCAACUUUUAACUGUUUUUUGAGGGGGCGGGGGGGGGCUGAAUAAAUUAAGAAGUAAGAAACUAAUUGAACUCCGCGAUAAUCUGGGCUCAUCUGCACUGCAAAGUGCCGAUUCUGCUUCAUCACUCGCCCUUUUGAUGAUGUUCAUUUCAUGUUGUGUUUGUUUUCCACCUGCGCAUUUCAUGGCGUGAGGAUUAAAUGGGUGCGAGCCACCAUCUUCCCGUCCGCCUCCCUGUCCCUGUCCCAGUCGCUCUGGUCCCAGCAUGGGCUCAAUUAAAGCAGUUUCCCUUGCCCUUGGGCUCACGCACUGAGGCGGCGGCGCUUUGCAUGCGAUGUGCCAGCGAGAGGUCUUCAUUAUGCACUUCUUAAGAAGACUCAAUUUGAUUUGACAUCGUUUUAUUUUGAGGGGCCAAGCUUAAAGAGUUCCCACCCUCGGCCACUCCGCUCUCCCAGCCUCUCUCUUGAUAAUCCGCCUCCAAAAAAAAGGGAGAAAAAUAUGUCCACAUUACUUUGGCUCGGCUGCCCCCGACUCACGCUGAGCAAGGGUGAGGCGCACACCUUCGCCCACUCAUGGAAGGAAAAAGGGCUCAUGGUCCGCGUAUUCUCUCUCUCAACGGGGUUGCAGUCCAGCAAUUGAGAAGCAAACUGCAAGACGCUAUUAAAUGUUUAAGACAUCACAUAGCAUUGGAAUUGCAUAAAAUAUUUGCACAAAAUUGAUUUUUCCUUUGUCAUGACUGAGUUUCAUCAUUCUUCUGUGCUUAUCAGAGCAUCUCCACUUGAUGUUGAACUUUUUUCUACCAAUGUCAACAUAUCAGCGCACCCGGAUGAUGUACGAAGUGUUCCUGACCUGCCCUGCUUUAACAAUCGUAAAGCUUAGCCGACAAAGCACUGAACCGACAGUUUAUUGUGUCGUUUUGCUCCACAUGCUUGCACCCGCUCACCAUAACAUCCCGCGCGCCAGCCACAGAGCGUUUCCACCUUGGCUUUUUUCUUCCGUUUGGAAACCCGGGUUGACAAUGUCAUCCGGUUUCUCCCGCAGAGUCCGACGGUAUAUUUGCCUUACCUUGUGCUGCAGGACUGAACGAUGAGGACAGAACGCAGGACGGCGACAAGAAUGCCCGCUUGAAAGCACAUUUACUCAGCCUCGGUGGCGACAAUAACGGCGCCAGUAGGAGCCACGCCGCUAACUAAGCACGCCGCAUAUACGCACGCGAGCUAAUGAGACUCGGUCAUCCGGGCUGCCAGACCUUCAGCGUUCCUAACACGGUGCGGCUAAUGAAUCAACCAGGCUGGGAAAGCAUUUUCGUGGUGGUUUUGCAAGCACGCGUGACUCCUCAUUUAAUAGACGGUUCAAGCAUUUAACAUAAUGCUGAGACCAAUGGAAUGAAACGAAGCGGAAUGCAGACUGACUUCCAGUGUUGGUUUGUGCUGUUUUCAAUUGGCGUUUUUUUUGUUCUUUUUUUUUUAAACCACACUUCCUGUUGGCAAAUCUUUCACCUCAGAUGUAUAUCGGCAUGUACUACUUUCCUGACCUUGAAUUUUGUUCCGAGAAUCACACAAGUACAUUUUACAACAAUCAUCCACACGGCGCAUCGACAAAACCUGAUUUUAGCUGCAAAAUUGACAGUGCAUGUAAAACGGCGACAUAGCGAUCACAUUUGAAGACCCGCACAGAGAUGUUUCUUUGGAACCAAAGUUGAGAAUUUCUGUUCUUCAUCAUGAAAUGUUGAUGUUGUUCCAUGUAUGUGCCUUGAGGUUGAACUUACAAUGUAAAGUCUUUGGAACCUUUAAAUGUUUUUGCACAAACUGUACAUACUGAAGUGAAGGUUAUUAUUAUUAUUAUUAUUAUUGUGUUUUUUUGGGAAAAUAAAAGAGCCAUGCGAUUUGAGCGCUCACUCCCGUUUUAUUUCCCCAGAACCAUUGCUAACAAUAGCGACACCGUAGUUCAUAUAUUUUGUAUUUUUGUGCUGGUCGACCUAUUAUGGGUCAGAGCGCCCAAAUUUGGGUCAGAGAAUUGUGCCGGAGCACAUUAUUUCACGUUUUUUUGUCUUUGGGAAGGGAUGCUCCAGACACAUGAGUGUAGCCACCACAUUUUAGCACAAAGCUGGAGAAAAUCCAGGCCACCACUCUUACGGCACAACUAAAUCCGACAAUGAGCCUCCUCUAUUCAUCAUGAACUACCCCCCCCCCCCCAAAAAAAAAGCAUAUGGAUCCAAACAAUCCACUAAAGCCCUCUGAUUUUAUCAUGAUGCUGCAUUUUGGUUCAGCAAACAGAAUUUAUAAACAGGUUCUAAAGGAUUUGUGAAAAAAGAAAAUAAUUUACCAAGUGUUUCCCCCCCUAACAAUUAUACGGUACAGUGAACCAAUCACAAUCCAUUCGGCACCAAAGGUCAAUAUAUGAUCCUAUCGUAUGUUUUCCGAUUCGUAUCUCAGAAACGGGAGCACCGUGCAGCGAGCCAUCAGAUUCUCAUUUCUGUCUCCCCCCGCCAUUUUCGGUGUCACUGUCUUUUUCAUGUUUCUGAGAUGGGUUGAAACUGUAAAAUGAAUUUCCUUGCUCUGUACUCGCGACAUGUGCCAAUAAAUUUGAUUCCAUUCCAUGA